GGGUGGAAAGCACCUACGGCGCGUGUGCGACGCAUCCAAACCCAAAUGCCUUUGUUCAACAAAAAGAGUGCAAAAAUCUCUAACCCAUCCCCUCCCAUGACGAAAGAUCCUCACCAGCAUCAUUUGUACGAGAACAACAACAGCUACAGCGGCAACGGCAAGAAUCUGGCAGGCAGCACGACGAUGCCUACGGCGCCGCACAUCGAUGACCUGAACGGCAGCCACGAGAGCAACGUGACCAAGCCGCAGCUCGUGUUCAACUGCCAGCUGGCCCACGGCAGUCCAACGGGGUUCAUCACCGGGUUUGCCAGCGUCAAGGAGCUGUACCAGAAGAUCGCCGAAUGCUACGAUUUUGCGAUGGAUGAG